AAAGGGACGAAAACAAAACAGGCUGAAGUACUGACCGGCGUUUUAUAGCAUGUAAUCUAAUGCUGUGCUGAAACGAUGCUGGAACCAAGCCCGUUACCAGGCCAAUUGAAAUGUUGAAGUAAAAUGCGCGCCAAAUCAAGAAGAUUCAAGGGGAAGCAACCUACUUCUCAUUUGCAAGACACUGGCAUAACAAAGGCACCGCAAUGCUUCAUUGGACACAAUCAUUGGCAAAUGUGUCCCACAAGGAAAAUCUAUUGGUAAAACGUGACAUGCUCUGUUUCCAGAGGUGUGUUGUGAAAGUGCGUUCUAAGCAACGAAGUAAAACAAUUUUUGGAGGCAGCUUAUUGCAGAUAUCAUGGUUGUUUUUCAUCACUACAGAAGCUUGUUGUUGAGCUGGAGUGUUUUAAAUGUCUUUUGAUUCCUGGCUAAUCUAAGCAAUCGUCGAUCAUUGAUCAAGUAUUAGCGAAGUGGUUCUCGUGGAAACUUAUAUCAAGCAAGUAUUGUAGAGACGGUUUUGUCAAGAGGAUGAAAAUCCUCUAAAGUUUGAUCAAGGAGUAUUGUUCGGGGCGAGGAGUCGUUUGUACGCUUUUGUUUUUGUGAACACAGCUAAUAAAAACUUUGAUUGCCAAACUUCAGAAUUCUGAGCUUAAUAAAGGCUUUCUCGAAUAAAACGUCGCUUUUAUAGACAAUAUAGAAUUGAUUUCCUCAAAUACAGACAAGGGAUUUCACCAGUAUUUGGAUUAUUCCUCGCUGUCAACAUAAGAAUUUUGAAGAGAAAUUUGGCAAGAUCAUACCGAAAGCUAGUUUUGACUUCAAAAGUUAGUGGUUGUUUGAAUCGAAGAUCAGCAACAAAGAGAAGAGCUUGAAUCGUAGCCAAGGAAAAUCGCAAACUAAAUGGAGGCAUGAGGGCAGCUGGAGAUAAUAAUUUGGAAAUUAAUGGCACAAGUCUUUGCGGAUGAUACACUGUUGAUGCCGAUAUAUACAAUACAGAUUAAUAAAAUUCGAUUUCAAAGCCUGCAUUGAAAUACCGCUCAUACGACACUGAUAUUGAAAAAAACUGACCUGACUCUACAUCUAAACGGGCGAUUGUUGUGAGUGGCCAAAAAUUGCAGCAGUGCAGAUAGCAAGUAAAUUUUGAUUAGCAAACAAACGAAACAUGGCAGAGGCAAUUGUAAUCUUCAAAUCACUUUGUACUAGAAUAUUGUUCUUUUCGCAUGGCUUUUGGGCAGUGUAUCUCGGUGCACUGUUCUUUGAGAACUCACUUGUUUGGAUCGUGGCACUCAGUAUGGCAGCAUUACUUAUCGAAACCAUUUACACGCUAUGGUGGAGAAAAGGCCAGGAGUACAAAUACUUCUGGCCAAGUGGGUUUUUCUACAUCAUGACAAUAAUUCCUGUGAUAUGGAUCUUUGACCUGGCUUCGCUAGACAUUAUUAAACUGGCCUCAAAGGACCCACCAAUCAGUUUCAUUGGGUUGGGAAAAGACAAGGUUGGGAGACUUAUAUUCGAGCUUGGACUAAUAUUUGGCAUUAUCAUUGGGCGAUGGCUGAUGCCACGUGGCAAAUUAACACGUGACCAGCUAUCGGCAUUGCUUAUUGGAUAUGUUGGUACUGCUGCAGACAUCGUUGAACUAAAGGUUGAGACAGAGAUAAAAGACAGCGGGAAGGAACAGAUAACUUUAGCAGUCCUUGUCGCGUACACUUGGGCAAUAUUGCAGUUUACUCUGAUGACAACAGCAACGAUAAAGGACAGAGGCGUCGAGGAGCAAGAAGAAAAGGCAAAAACCAACAGGAAGAUCAGUAUGAAUCUUGGUCAUUAUAAUAAAGUAUCACCAGAAGGAAAAACACCUGGUUUAGCGAAGAAAGAUUCUAUGCUUAGCUCUUCAAGAUAUUCAUUCAACUCAAUUGUGCGAGAUAACUUCAGUACGAUAAAGGAAAUGAGUGCAAAGGAACAAUACAUUGAUAAUAUAAGACGGCAAAGAGCCCAGACUCUCGACACGUCACAGCAAAAGCGCAUAAGUACAGUGGGCCGAAAAUUUUCUGGCCUAGACAGUGCAGGGACACCAAAGAAGACUCCUCCUCAUAAGUCAACGCAGUCUUUUGAUGCUGAAGCCGAUCGAAAGCAGUCGAAAAUGCGUAAACUUCACGGCGAGCUGUUUCAGAUUUUAGUUACGUUGCUGAUGCAGGACGGUCCGUUUCUUGUUUUAAGACUUGUGUUGUUGGUAGAGUUUAAGGUCAUCACAGAAAUGCACAUGCUUUUUUUGGCUAAAAAUGCCAUUGUGUGCACUCUUCUCAUCUACAGAUUGUGCAUUUUAACAUGCAAGGCUGAAGACGCUGAAGAACAACUGCAGAAAGAAGCGGCAGCGAGCAAACUGCAUAACGUUCAGCUUGCAGUCAUGGCUGGAAAUAUGCUGCGAGGUUCAUCGCGGCGAGCGAACGGAAGGCGGUCCCAGACUGUAUCGUGAAGCCAGUAAUGAAAUCUACUUGAAAGUACCGCAGGAACUUGAAAGUUCCGCAGGAACUCGCGUUCUGUCUCUCGCUUAUUGAUAACCUGAUCUAAACACUAGUGUUCUGUCUCCUGUGGAUCUUCAAGCAAGUCUAAAUGUACAUUUUUGUAAGAGGAAUAUUUCUGACGCAGCACUUGUAAAGUUGUGAAAUAUGUGUAAGGUAUAUCAUACUAUUUUUGUAGCCAAAGCAGUUUUUAUUUAUCAUGAAAUGAUGGAUGCUCUUAACGAAAAUCGUAGAGCAGGACUCUAUUUAUCAAAUAACCAGCGAAUAAUGUUCUUUUUAAAAUAAUGUUUUAUAGUAAAUCAAUACAGUAGAAUCCCGUUAUAACGCAUUCGGUUAAUACGUACUUUUUGAUAUAAUAUACUGGUGUGCUUGGUCCCAGCAAAAGGUGUCAUCAUCAUCAUUACAUUUACAUUUAACAACCCUUUGGGUCAUACAAAUGUCUGCCCAGUCAACUACAACAUUAAAAUUUUAAAAUUUACUGAGGUGAUUUCGACAUAGGUUGUAAAAGGUAUCCGAAUUUGCCUGCAUCACAAUACUGUCUGGCAGGCUAUUCCAUACAGAAACGAUUGAAUAAAAGAAUGAAAACUUUGAUACAGAGCAUCAAAAACAAUCUGAGCUUGGUUUUAGUCAAUUUUUACAUACCCUGGUUACAACGUGCUUCGGAUACAGCAUACGCCGGUCCCUUAAAGUACGUUAUAACUGGAUUAUACUGUAGCAUUUCUUAAACAGCAGGAAAGAUCCUUUAGUAGAUGUGAAGCUGAAAACGGCCCUAAUAAAGGGUGUCAUUAUGUUCACUUUAUUUUAAAAAGGUUUUAAAAACAUUAUUUAGUUUUUCCAUGACCCUCUCGAUAUUCUUAUUACCCUUAUUAGGCUCUCUAACUACACAGCAGGACUGUACUUAAUAUUUUCUAAAGUAGCAAUAAUUAGAAAAAGACAAGUAACCUAGGUUUUACAUGCCUAGAAAAUUAUAAGAUUGGUUCCAAGACCAGAAAUUGGGGUCAGCAAAUGAGCUCAAAUCAACCUCGCCAACUCUCCUUCAAAUUUUAUCGUAGAUCUUUCAUAAAUGUAUAAGAAAUUUGAUCUGAAAGUGAUAUCGUAUUAUGGUUCUUUAGACAAUUUUCCAUUGAACUUUCUCGUAAAUUUGCCAUAAAUCAAGUAAAAAUCAUUGGAAAAAUAGUAGGGUAUCAUGGCUUUCUUGACAAAAUUUCAUGAAUCAUUUUCCUAAAUUUGCCGUAAAUAGGUAAACCAAUUCAAUAUGAGUACAUGGUGCCAUGGUUAUGAUGCCAUUCGCGUUGCUAGCCCUUAAAUUGUCAUUACCUGUAAUUUAUUCGCGUAAACAAAUACUAAGUAACUUUUGUAAUUGUAUGACUUUUUAUGUUUUAAAUAGAAUCACAAACGUAA